AUGUGGACCCUCUUGGUUCUUUGCACUGUGGUCGCCCCACAUGGAGCGCAAGGUUGGUAUUGGACAACUGAUGCUGAGACUGUGUCAUCUCCAACUGCCACAGAUUCAGUCUGUGGUGGUUACCUCUAUGGCAGCAGUGAUGAUUUCUACAGCCCCAACUAUCCAAACAGCUACCCAUAUUAUUCCAGCUGUGUAUGGUACAUCAGGCCAGGCCGUAGAUAUAUUCGACUGGAGUUCUCUGCUGUAAACAUUGGGUGCUAUUCCGAUGACAUCCGCAUCUAUGAUGGCUCAUCUACCGGCCACAGUCUUCUGGGGUCAUACUGUAAUUCCGGGAACACCGUCUUCUACUCCACUGGCUCUUACCUGACGGUGCACUUCACCAGUGACGGUUAUGUGAACUACUCAGGAUUCCGCGCUCACUACAGAAGAGUUGAUACAGGCUCCUGUGAGAACAAAUGUGGCGACCGAGUAGCGAACUGCUCCUGCUCCUCAGACUGCACAUACAGAGGGAACUGUUGCCCUGACUAUGAAGCUCAGCUUUCAUGUCGAUACAACUGUGGCAGUCAUCUGGGAAGCUGCUCCUGCACAAGCUCUUGUCAAUACUAUGGCAACUGUUGUCAUGACUACUCCUGUAAGUCCAAACUCAACACCCUUAGAAGAUUUGACAUCAGCAUCAGCCCUCGUGUCGACACAACUGUGGUUACAACAUGGGAAGCUGCUCCUGCACCAGCUCCUGUUGGUACUAUGGAAACUGCUGUUAUGACUACAGCUGUAGAUCAGCCCUCGUGUCGAUACAACUGUGGAAGACACAUGGGAAGCUGCUCCUGCAGGAGCUCCUGUUGGUACAAUGGAAACUGCUGUUAUGACUACGACUCUUACUGCCAGUCAACGACUAACAUGACCACCACAGCUCAGCCCUCGUGUCGAUACAACUGUGGAAGACACAUGGGAAGCUGCUCCUGCAGGAGCUCCUGUCGGUACAAUGGAAACUGCUGUUAUGACUACUACUCUUCUGGUUCAUGUCGAAACAACUGUGGUCAGCACGUGGGAAGCUGCUCCUGCACCAGCUCCUGUCGGUACAAUGGAAACUGCUGUUAUGACUACAGCUCAUUAGCCAGCUACCAUCACAACUCGCUGACCCCUAACCACCCCGGCUACUACUCUGACAAUGCCGACUGCGUCUGGCAGCUCAGAGCUGUACAUGACCAAAGAAUCUUUCUGUCGUUCAAAUUCCUGCAGCUGGACAAAUGCUGCUCCUGCGACUACAUUGCCAUCUAUGAUGGGCCAUCUAAUCAUUCGGGGUCUUUGGGGAAAGUGUGCAACAACAGUCUGACCACCUUUUACUCCUCCUCCAACUACAUGACUGUGGUCUUCCGAAGUGACAGUUCUGUGGUUGCCCGGGGAUUCAGUGCCGAGUUCAUGAGCACUCUGAAACCCAGCUCAGGUCAAGUGGACUGCUCCUCAGGCAACAUGAACAUCGUGAUUGAGAGAAGUUACCUGAACUCUCUCGGCUACGACGGCCACAGUCUGUACCUGAAUGACCCACAAUGCAGACCACAGAUCUCCAGCUCCCAGGUGGUCUUCAGGUUCCCCCUCAACACUUGUGGAAACAUAAGACAGGACUACAACGGCAGAAUCGUGCACACCAACAACGUCCGCGCCUACGCCUCCAGCUACGGAGAGAUCACUCGCCAGUCCCACUUUAAGCUGAACGUCACCUGCCUCAUGGAGCCCGACUCGGUGUCUCAGAUCAUGUUUGUUGUCAAAAACAACGGGAACAGCAGCAUUACUGGCUCUGGCAGAUACCAAACCGGCAUGGCUUUCUACACGUCCAGCAGCUUUAACUACAAGGUUACCCAAGUCCCAUACGAGGUGGUCCUCAAUCAGAAUCUGUAUGUCCAAGUGGACCUGGGGAGGCGUGACAGCUCCCUGAUUGUCUUCCUUCACACCUGUGUGGCCUCCCCAUCCCCCUUCAGUUCUAACUUCACUUCUAGAUUAUACUACUUGGUUCGGGACGGAUGCGAGGUUGACAACACCUACUGGCCUAUCAGCUCUGGCACGCAGUCAUUGGCCCGUUUCAGCUUCAGGGCCUUCCAGUUCCUGCGGGCCACAGACUCGGUGUACAUCCAGUGCAGGGUGCUGAUAUGCCCCGCCUCGCAGGCCGGUUCUCGCUGUCGCCGUGGCUGCAGCAGACGAGCGGCCCGAGACCUGGGAUCAGAGCACGACGACCAAACUCUGGUGGUGGGUCCCAUCAAGCUUAAAGAGCCUGAGAAAAAGGAGGAGGUGAAAGAAAAGAAGGAGGUCUAA